AUGGCUCGCUCGUGUAGCUCUUAUGCUCAGCUUGACAAAAGUGUUGCAGAUGCUGCCGAUUUUGCACCAUUGAAGGGUGCCUGCGAAGCUGUUAUCACAAUUUUGGAUUCCGUUCAGGCUAUCAAAGACAAUCAAUACGCCUGGUCAGAGCUCCUGCAGACCAUUAAAGAGCACACGAGGACGUUUCAACGACAACUAGAUCAGCUAGGUAUCAAAGAUGUACUCGAAGAGUGCGAGGAAUCUAUCAAGGAUCCACUUACAAACUACUCCAUUACCCUCAAAGAGUUGAUGGCCGAGAUAUGCGUAGAUUCUGGGCUCGAUGAAUCCGAGUUUGACAAAGGUCUCACUUGGAAACUACUGGUUCAGCGCAUAGGCACUACAAAGCUGGAGGCGGACACGAUCAACGGAUACAGGCAACGCCUAACGGACGCAAGGAACGAGUUGAUGCAUGCUCUGAUGCUCUAUGUCACCGUGUCUGUUAGAGCUACGGCGGAGAGGGACAUAUUGAAGGAACUCCAAUCCAAACAACGCCAACGUCCGCAGGAAUGCCAGUCGGGUACACGUGCAGAAAUAUUGGCUGAAUGCGAAGCCUGGUCCAAAAACCCAGACUCUCCGAACGUCCUCUGGAUCAAAGCUGCACCAGGAGCGGGCAAGUCGACCAUUGCCUCUACCUUGGUGACUACACUCGGCAUCAAAAAGACGCGUCUAGGAUCAAGCUUCUUCUUCCGUCGACAAGAGACCGCAACUACGACUGCUAGCGCACUGUGGCAGGGGAUUGCGUACGACCUUGCGCGACAUCCUACCAUUCGCAAAUACCUCGCGGAUAAGAUGAGGAACGAGGAGAUUGACUUGACGACACCGAAUAUCGACAUUCUUUUUCAGCAAUUGAUUGAAAUGCCGUUGUCCAAAAUCGGCAACCUCUCGCAGGAACAAUCACCUCUGAUCAUCAUUGAUGCAUUGGACGAGUGUGGUGGACUGGUCGGCGCGCGAUCAACUGAAUUUCGACAACUUCUGCAAACCCUCGCCGCCUGGUCUCGUCUUCCAACCAACUGUAAGUUGAUCGUAACCAGUCGCGAGGAGGACGAAAUAGCGAGGAUGUUUGCUCUCAACCCUCCGCAUACUAUCGACCUGCUCGCUACACAGGAGACAGUCAGCCAGUCCAAACGAGACAUUCAGGCACUCCUGACUGAGGAGCUUAGGAAGAUUGCCACAAGGUUCACCAUAGGAUCCAUUGAAUGGCCUCAAACAACGACUAUCGAAGCCUUGGCGAUCAAGGCCAAUGGGCUAUUUAUCUGGGCCUCGACGGUGAUAGAGUAUCUCCGUGCUGGUAAUCCGAGGGAACUUUUAGAGGAGAUCUUAAAGGAGGAUCAUGUUACAGGCAUGAACGCACUCUACACUACGGUCCUCCAAACUGCGUUUCCAAAUCCAAAGCCAACUCUCCUGGAGGAUAUAAGAACUAUUCUGGGCGUACUUGCUGUCGCUAAAGAGACUCUAGACAUGAAAACCUUAACGGAUCUCCUCGUAAUGGAUCCUUGGACGGUCGAAUACAUAUGCAGUGCGCUACGGCCGGUGCUGGAAUUUGACGGGACCAGUCCUUUGUGGACUUUUUUUAAAUCCAAAUGGUCCCUGGAAUCGACAGACACCUCCCACCGGAUUCUUGCAGACCAAUGUCUACGGAUCAUGAAGGAGAGGCUACGAUUCAAUAUCUGCGAGAUCUCAUCAUCCUAUUUACUCAAUCGGGAUGUUUUGAAUGGACUCUCAUCUAUCGAGACGUACAUUCCCCGCCAUUUACAGUAUGCGUCGCGCUACUGGGCGGAUCAUCUACAUUACACUCUCCCAAGUGAGAAAACGCUGCGCCUCAUUCAAUAUGUUUUCAAGCUUCACUUCCUUUCGUGGCUUGAAGUCGCAAGCUUCCUAAGUUUUGUGGACGAGGUCCCCUCUAUGCUUAUUGCCUCGUGCGCGUGGCUGAAGGUGAAUGGUAGCCUCGAUCUGGUAUCACUUGCAGAGGACAUGCGCCAGUUCACCGUACACUUUAUCGAGGUGAUCUCGCAAAGCGUCCCCGGUAUCUACCUCUCGGCUUUACCGUUGUCUCCUCCACGAUCCGAGGUGCGCCAGAGGUACCACCGUCAGUAUCCAAGUACACUUCUCAUUCAUGCAGGUGGAUAUCAACGGUGGUCACCACUCCGUUUCAUGCUUCGCGGCCAUACUAGUGCUGUGGGUGCCGUCGCAUUUUCGCCGGCUGGCCACCGAGUCGUCUCUGGAUCUGAUGAUGAGACGCUGCGUCUGUGGGAUGUAGACACAGGCGCACAGGUUGGAUUGCCGCUCAGGGGACAUGCGGGUAUGGUCUGCUCAGUCGCAUUCUCGCCAGAUGGUCGCAGCAUCGUCUCCGGAUCCUAUGACAGAACAAUACGUCUAUGGGAUGUAGAUACAGGUGCGCAAAUUGGAAUGCCACUCGAAGGACAUGCAGAUUGGGUUAUAUCGGUCGCAUUCUCGCCAGACGGCCAACGCGUUGUUUCUGGAUCUCGUGACAAGACAAUACGUCUAUGGAAUGCAGAAACGGGUGCACAGAUUGGAGGUCCACUCGAGGGCCACGUGGGCUCCGUCAACUCAGUCGCAUUUGCGCCGGCUGGUCACCGAAUCGCCUCCGGAUCCGAUGAUAGAACGAUGCGUCUGUGGGAUGGGGAGACAGGCGCGCAAAUUGGAUUGGCAUUUGGAGGGCACACAGGCUGGGUUAUGGCGCUCGCAUUCGAGCCAGAGGGCCACCAUAUCGUUUCUGGAUCUAGUGAUCAAACGGUGCGUUUGUGGAAUGUAGAAAUGGGUGCACAGAUUGGAUCCCCGCUCGAAGGCCACACAAGUAGCGUCACGUCGGUCGCAUUCUCCCCAGACGGCCGCUUGGUCGUGUCUGGAUGCGAAGAAGGAACGGUUCAUCUGUGGGAUAUAAAGACGGGCGCGCAGAUUGGAUCGCCACUUGAAGGCCACACGAACUGUAUCAACUCGGUCGCAUUCUCGCCAGAUGGUCGCCAGAUUGUCUCUGGAUCUGAUGACGCAACAGCGCGGCUGUGGGAUGUAGAGUCAGACACGCAGAUUAUGUCGCCGCUCCAAGGCCAUACGAGUUGGGUUAACUCGGUUGCUCUCUCACGAGAUAGCGACCGCAUUGUUUCUGGAUCUAGCGAUCAAACAGUGCGUCUAUGGGAUGUGGAGACGGGGGCACAGAUUGGGUCACCAUUAAAAGGCCACAUAGAUCGGGUUACGUCGGUCACAUUCUCGCCAGAUAGCCGCCGUAUUGCUUCUGGAUCCUACGACAGAACGGUAAGGCUUUGGGAUAUAGAGACGGAGGCACAGAUUGGACCCCCGCUGAGAGGCCAUACCAGUUGGGUUAUGUCUGUCGCAUUCUCGCCCGACGGCAGCCAAAUUGUCUCUGGAUCCGAUGAUCAAACAGUGCGGCUGUGGAAUUUAGAGACGGGGAUACAGAUUGGACCCCCGCUCCAAGGUCACAAGCGUUCCGUUAAUUCGGUCGCUUUCUCGCCAGACGGCCAUCGCGUUGUUUCUGGAUCCUCUGAUACCACGGUGCGCCUGUGGGAUGUAGAUACAGGCGCACAAAUAGGGUCACCACUCGAAGGACAUAAAAAUUGGGUUCGGUUGGUCGCAUUUUCGCCUGACGGUCAAACCGUUAUUUCUGGAUCUGAUGACAGGACAAUACGCCUGUGGGAUGUCGAGACGGGGGCGCAAAUUGGAUCCCCGCUGGGAGGACAUGCGCGUUUCGUUACCUCAGUCGCUUUCUCGCCAGAUGGUCGGCGCCUUGUUUCCGGAUCCUAUGACCAGACAGUGCGUCUAUGGGACGUAGAAACAGGGAUUCAGAUUGGAUUACCGCUCGAAGGACAUACGGCUUGGGUCCACUCGGUGGUAUUUUCUCAGGAUGGCCGACAUAUUAUUUCUGGAUCAGUCGACACGACGAUACGUAUAUGGAACAUCACAACAGAAGGAUCUACGCAUCCAAUCCCAAAUCGUUACUGUCGGGUGGGCAAUGAUGGAUGGUUGUUGGGUCCAAAUGGUCAACGACUCUGUUGGAUCCCGCCUCAGUUUCGUGACGGGCUUGAGCGACCAGGAGUUCGUAUCAUAGGCCGGGUCCAGAGGUUGAGUGUCGAUACAACCCAAUUUGUGCACGGAGAAGAGUGGACGCGAGUGAAGGACGGUGGGACGAUUCCCGAAGAUGUCAUAGGAACAGAUGAUUAG